CUAAAAUGGAAAAAGGAGACUUUUUGGAGGAAUUUGAGAACAAAAUGCAUGAUCUCUUCCUUGACGGAACAUGCUCUUAUCAGUCAGGAUCAGAGGUUAAUAGCAAUCUUGGCAUGAAACUUAAGAUAAGUACAGAUUAUGAUACUGAUAAGAUAUCAAAAGUUGAAGAUGGAGUCUCUAUCUCCUCUUCCCAAUUCCCAAAUUUUAACAAUGAGGAUGCUUUCUCAAAGCUGAACGAGGAUAACAUAAAAGAGCCUUCAAAUCUUGAUUUCCUUGAUGAUGACAUCUUCAGAGUUCCAAAGGAAAGCAAGGAAUCCAAGAAGGAGAAAUAACAAGUUAAAAGCCAGAGAGACUCGUAAACGUAAGAAAAAUUAUAUCUCCGAGUUGGAAGAUAAGGUAACAAGCCUAGAAGUUGAGAACAACAAGCUUCGCGAUGAAAUCUGCCUUCUCCAGAAUAAGUUAUCUGCUGCUGAACUUGGAGAGGAAAAUAAGCAUUUGCUCACUAGAGUCAGAGCUCAAGAUGAGAAGUACCACGAAAAUCUGAAGGAAGGCAAAGGAAUCGGUGAAGUCCCAGAUGCACCUGAGGAAUCUAUCAUUGACUCAGGUGUCACAAAAUGCUCUCGCAAAAAGGCAUUCGUUCCUGAUCAACUCGUCUUUGGAUGUAAUCAGCCGAGGAUACAUUUUCUUGAUAAAGUUUUUGAUAUGAUCCUUGAUAAUCUCUGUUGUGAGAAAUACAAAUUUAAGCUAUUGCAUUGUGAAGACAGGAGACCAGAGUAUGAGGAAAUUAAAAAACUUGAGAAGGCUUCUAAAUACCAGAUUCAGGAGUUACUGAAGGAAAAGAGGAUUACACAAUACGAUAUCUUAAAUUCUAAGAUGAAGCUAGAUCAGAAGCAAUAUAACUUUUUUGUUCAUUACGCAAAUGAUAAAUAUAUCGAGAUGAAGACAAGAUUAAGCGAGGCAGUGAUCAAGAUUAAUGAGGCUAGAAAUACCUGCACAUAUGUCCUCUCGGAAUUAGAUGCCAUGCAUCAUAUGAUAAGAGAAAGUGAUCUUAUGCCAGCUUCUCAAUCCUCAGAUGCUGGCAAAUAUAUUGAGGAGCAAAAGUUAGGAAUAGAUAUAAAAGCUCAAGAUCUCUUUAAGUUCAAAAAGGUGCUAAAAAUGGUAGAAUUUUGAUAUGAUCCAGAGGUAGUGACUAUGUAUCCAAGCGAGUCUGUAGCUAUUCCAAAAGAUAUAACGUAUAGAACAGAGGCAUUCUUCAAUGAACCAGUAGACACCGAAACUACUGUAGUUUCUUAAAUACUAAAAAUUCGAUUCUGAAGUUGAGAUAUUA